GUGUGUGCAGUGGAUACGCCGGAGCGCCGUGAUUCGUGGACUAAUUGCGGGGCGCUUGCGGGAAUACGAGGAGCUUCUCUGCGCACAAGAGGGAAUAAAUCUCAUUUUCCUGUCCGUCUCCACGCAGUCUUCGAUUUAGAGGGCAUUUAUUUGAUACUAAAAGUGAGAGAACGAUCUCAGGCAAAAUGUUACCGACGACAUUAGGAGGUUAGAGGUGUUGAGGUUUAUCCCAUCACUGAACAUGGAAUAAAUUCGCACGUCUUCUCUUGUUUUGACUUGGAAUAACGGGAGCGCAUCACGAUUAUCCGUCUCACAUUCAAGGGAGAAAUCAUUCCAUUCACAAGCAAUUGGAUGAGAGUCAUACUUGCCCUUGGCAACUAAAGAUGACGUUACUAUGGAAACGACUUGUGGCGCUAUCAAUCAUUGGCUGCCUCGCAGUCUCAUCAGCACAAGCAGAGGACACAAAAUUCUCUGGUCCAAGCUGGAAACGAGAACCAGAAGACCUGAUACUACCCAUCUAUUCCCAUGAACAAGAGGCUGUUUUAAGCUGUGAGGCGUCUGGAGUCCCUUCUCCUCAAUACAGAUGGUCUCUAAACGGGACGCUCAUUGAUCUCGGUGGUGACGAGAGGCGUCGCCUGUCUGGAGGUAACCUGAUCAUUACCGGCCUGGAUCGGGACCAAGACAGCGGGGUCUACCAGUGCACUGCCUUCAACACCCGGGGAACCAUUCUCAGCCAGAGAGCUACGCUACAGUUUGCAUAUCUGGAGAACUUCAAAACGCAGAUGAGAAGCGCUGUCAAUGUGAGGGAAGGCCAAGGUGUUGUUUUGUUAUGCGGCACACCUUUACAUUCUGGAGAGCUCACGUUCACCUGGGUCUUCAAUGAGUACCCUCACUUCGUCCAGCAAGACAGCCGGCGCUUUGUGUCUCAAGAGACGGGCAAUCUCUACAUAGCAAAAGUGGAACCGUCCGACGUCGGGAAUUACACUUGUGUGGUUAACAACACCAUUACCAAGGAGAGGGUGUUCAGUUCGCCGACACCUUUGGUUCUGAGAAACGAUGGAGCGAUGGGAGAGUACGAGCCUAAAAUAGAGCUUCAUUUCCCCGACACCAUUCCAGCUGCUAAAGGAUCCGCGCUGAAGCUCGAAUGCUUCGCCUUGGGAAAUCCCGUUCCUAGGAUCAGCUGGAGAAGAACCAGUGACGUUUCGUUCCCAAAUAAAGUCAAACUAAAGAAUUCCAAUGCAAUUCUGGAGAUUCCCAGUUUUCAACAAGAGGACACAGGAACGUAUGAGUGCAUUGCUGAAAACAGUCGUGGAAAAAAUGCUGCAAGAGGUCGAGUGUCUUUCCAUGCCACACCUCAUUGGCUGCAGACGAUGACAGACACAGCCAUGUCCAUUGAGGAGAAUCUUUUUUGGGAGUGCAAAGCCAAUGGAAAACCAAAGCCCUCUUACAGCUGGCUAAAGAAUGGAGAAACUCUCAUAUCUGAGGGCCGAGUGCAAAUAGAGAACGGCGCUCUCUCCAUCUCCUCACUAAACCUCUCAGAUGGCGGCAUGUAUCAGUGUGUGGCAGAAAACAAGCACGGCAUCAUUUACUCCAGCGCUGAACUGAUGGUGCUUGCCUCUGCUCCCAGUUUCUCCCAGAAUCCUUUGAGCCGAACUCUUAAGGCGCGCUCGGGUAGUGACGUUAGCCUAGAUUGCAGGCCACAUGCUUCGCCCAGAGCCAUUAGCUUGUGGAAAAGAGGGACCGAAAUACUGCAGAGAAAUGAAAGGACUUUCCUUUUCCCCAAUGGAACACUUAAGAUUACCAACAUAACCAAGCGGGAUGGAGGUAGUUACACGUGUGUUGCUAAAAACCAGUUUGGCACAGCUAGUACUACGGGGAAACUGAUCAUCACUGAGCCCACGAGGAUCAGCCAGAGCCCCAGCAGCACAGAGAUCACAGUGGGGGAGAGUGUGGUGCUGCCCUGCCAGGUGACUGCCGAUCCAGCCCUGGACGUGGCCUUCUCCUGGGCCUUCAACGGUCAGCCCAUUGAUUUCCAUCAGGACGCCGACCACUUCGAGCGAGUGGGAGGGAGCUUUUCUGGUGAUCUUAUGAUUAGAAACAUCCAGCUCAAUCACGGAGGGAAAUACGUUUGUCUUGUUGACACUGACGUCGAAAGCUUGUCUGCUGACGCAAUAUUGGUUGUUAAAGGUCCACCCAGUCCUCCAGAUCUGGUGGUGGUCGAGGAGGUCACAGACAGCACUGCCCAGCUGUCCUGGAGCCCCGGCCAGGACAACGGAAGUCCCAUUACUGGAUACGCCAUCCAGGGCAGGACUCCCUUUACUGUUGGCUGGCAAGCUGUUGACACAGUUCCUGAGGUGAUCAAUGGAAACACUCUGACUGCGACCGUAGUGGGUUUGAACGCCUGGGUGGAAUAUGAGUUCAGAGUGUUGGCCAGUAACAGUGUCGGGAUGGGAGAACCCAGUCCUCCAUCUACCAAGAUCCGAACUGAAGAUUCCAUGCCUGACGCUGCUCCCACUGAUGUCGGAGGCGGAGGAGGCACCAAAUCAGAAUUAGUGAUAACAUGGGAGCCUGUUCCAGAGGAGUUGCAGAACGGAGAGGGCUUUGGUUAUAUCAUUGCUUUCCGGCCAGUGGGAAUGGUGACUUGGACCCGUGUGGUGAUUUCAGCACCCAGCCUCACCCGCUAUGUUUUCCGCAAUGACACCAUCCCACCGUUCUCACCAUUCAACGUCAAAGUGGGAGCCUUCAACAACCGCGGGGAAGGACCUUUCAGCACUAUUGCAACUGUGUUCUCCGCAGAGGAAGUGCCGAGCAUAGCACCGGAGAAAGUGUCAGCAAAAAGCCUGUCGGCCGCAGACAUUGAGGUUACCUGGGAGCCCAUCGCAUCCAUUACUGAAAGAGUCCUCGGAUAUGAGGUGGUGUACUGGGAAGAUGACACCAAGCCGGAUACAGUGGGUAAAGUGCGGAUCACUGGAAACUACACAGCAGUGAAUGUCAGCGGCCUGCAGGGGAACACUCAAUAUUACCUAGCGGUGUGUGCAUUCAAUACUGCAGGAACCGGCCCACAGUCUGCACCAGUUAACAUUACAACCAAAAAACCACCACCUGGACAGCCUCCGCAGAAUGUAGAGUGGAAUCUGAUUGGCUCUCAGCUCAUCCUUCAGUGGGAUCCUGUCAUUGCUCUGGAAACGGAAUCUGAGGUCACUGGAUACAUAGUGCUGUACAGAAGACACCGGAAUAACGACAUGUACUCCAUCAUCACCAACAAAACCUCGGCUGAACUGACCCUCAACCCCAACGACAACUACGUCAUCCAGAUCAAGAGCCUCAGUGAAGGGGGUCUGGGGGAAGGAAGCGAACCCAUCCACAUCCACCAGCUCAGUAUGGGUGCUCGUGGAUCUCGAUCAGGAAGGCUGUGUUCACUGUCUCUUUCUCCACUCCUCAUCUGUGCUCUUUCCUCACUCAGUGCCUCCUGAUGUUCACCAGAAGAAGAAAAAAACAACAACAAAAACCACUCCUGCUCUGCUCUCAAACAAUGCUUAUGCUUCCCAUCUCAGUCUGAGCGGAUGCAAUUCUCCAGCUCUGGCAAACAGAGCUGCCGGAUAUUGAAAUGUCAAGGGAAUGUUGGAAUCCGUCAUUAGUAAACAUGGUCGAGUCCCACAAGAGAGUGAUUGAGGCUUUUGGGAAGAUCUGGAGAAAGAUCCUAUUUGCAUCAUUAAAUAAGAUAAAGUAAUUUAAAGGAAAACCACAUUUUAAAAAAUCUAUAUAUAAACAGUAAUGAAUUCUGGGUAUUUUCUAACCCUAUUGACAUUUCUCGCUACAGGAUAUCACUGUUAUGCUUAAGAAAAAAAUGAAUAAAUA